GACAACGGGUUAACUGUCAGCAUCUAGCCAAACCUGAGGACUUUGGAGGUCUUCAACUCUGUGGAAAGAACCAAAACAUCCAGCUCUGAAAAGCUAAGAGCAGCCAUGAAGAUAUUCAACCUGUUUUAUCUGAUGCUCCUGCUGGUGGCUCUGCUCGCGUCUGCGUCUUCGGCCAGGCCAGAUUUUCUAAACCUCAGAAGAAGGUACCACAGACACCACUGCCCACACAGACGCUGCCUGCCCCUGCACUCCAGAGUACCUUUUCCUUGAGGUAAGACAGAGCCAAACACCAACAGAGUGCAUUUAUGUUUCACAGAUGUUUUGGGUCAAAAAAGGAUAUGAGCAGAGCAGUGUUAUACA